CUGUAGGCAAUAUUGCAAUCAAGUUCUUGUGCAUUUCCCAGUAGAAUUCACAUACAGUGCCACCCUUGUCUCCCUAGAAUUACUGCGUGUUUGGCAGAUGCCAGGGUAACCAUUUGCACUAGGUGCUGCUGCUCCCAUGGAGCUUGGUAAAUGGCUACAUUACUGUAUCGUUAAUACACCCCACUUCUGGCACCCACAGACCACUCCUAGAUAGCAGAGCCCCACACCAAGGUGAACCAUGAUUCCGGUUACAGAGCUGCGGUACUUUGCCGACACUCAGCCAGCUUACCGCAUCCUUAAACCAUGGUGGGACGUCUUCACCGACUACAUCUCUAUCGUCAUGCUUAUGAUAGCGGUUUUUGGAGGCACUCUGCAAGUCACCCAGGACAAAAUGAUCUGCCUUCCGUGCAAGUGGGUCACUCAUGACAGUUGCAAUGAUUCCUACCGUGCCUGGGCUUCUCUUGAACCAGAAUAUCCCAAUUCUAGUGUGGUUCCACUUCUUGCACCGGGACCUACGGGCAUCAAAUAUGACUUGGACAGACAUCAGUAUAACUAUGUAGAUGCUGUAUGCUAUGAGAACCGACUGCACUGGUUUGCUAAGUACUUUCCUUACCUUGUAUUACUGCACACCUUGAUCUUCCUGGCAUGCAGCAAUUUUUGGUUCAAGUUCCCCCGUACCAGCUCGAAACUAGAACAUUUUGUCUCCAUUUUGCUCAAGUGCUUUGACUCCCCCUGGACUACCAGGGCCCUUUCUGAAACUGUUGUAGAGGAGAGUGACCCUAAGCCAACCGGUGGCAAGAUGAAUGGGUCUGUUGAUAAAAAGUCAUCUACCGCCAGUGAAGAUGUGGAAGCGACUGUACCUAUGCUCCAGAGAAGCAAAUCUAGGGUGGAACAGGGAAUAGUGGACAGGUCAGAAACUGGAGUUCUUGACAAAAAGGAAGGGGAGCAAGCAAAGGCACUGUUUGAGAAGGUCAAGAAGUUCAGGACACACGUGGAAGAAGGGGAUAUUGUGUAUAGAUUGUACAUGCGCCAGACAAUCAUCAAAGUGAUAAAGUUCAUUUUGAUUCUGUGCUACACUGUGUAUUAUGUCAGCAGUAUUACCUUUGAUGUGGACUGCAAAGUGGACAUUGAGAGCCUGACUGGCUACCGCAUGUACCGAUGCGCCCACCCACUUGCCACACUUUUCAAGAUCUUGGCCUCGUUCUAUAUCAGUCUGGUGGGCUUCUAUGGCCUGGUCUGCGUGUACACUCUAUGGUGGAUGCUGAGACGUUCCUUGAAGAAAUACUCCUUUGAAUCCAUCAGGGAGGAGAGCAGCUAUAGUGACAUACCUGAUGUAAAGAAUGACUUUGCUUUCAUGCUGCACCUCAUUGAUCAGUAUGAUCCUCUGUACUCCAAACGUUUUGCUGUCUUCCUGUCCGAGGUGAGUGAGAACAAGUUGAGACAGCUUAAUCUUAACCAUGAGUGGACUUUGGAUAAGUUGCGUCAAAGGAUCACCAAGAACUCUCAGGACAAGUUGGAACUGCAUCUUUUCAUGCUCAGCGGAAUACCUGAUACUGUCUUUGACUUGGUGGAGCUUGAAGUGUUAAAGUUGGAAUUGAUUCCAGAUGUAACCAUUCCUCCCAGCAUUGCCCAGCUCACAGGUCUGAAAGAACUAUGGCUGUAUCACACAGCGGCCAAAAUCGAGGCUCCUGCUCUGGCCUUCCUGAGAGAGAACCUGAAGUCACUACAUAUAAAAUUUACAGACAUUAAAGAAAUCCCACUAUGGAUCUACAGCCUGAAGACUCUAGAAGAGCUGCACCUGACUGGAAACCUAAGUGCGGAGAACAACCGCUAUAUAGUCAUUGAUGGUCUCAGAGAGCUAAAGAGGUUAAAAGUACUUAGAUUGAAGAGCAACCUGACCAAGCUGCCCCAGGUAGUCACAGAUGUUGGUGUCCACCUGCAGAAGCUCUCCGUUAACAAUGAGGGCACCAAACUGAUGGUUCUCAACAGCUUAAAGAAGAUGGUGAACCUGACUGAGCUGGAACUUCUACGUUGUGAUCUUGAGAGAAUCCCACACUCCAUUUUCAGUCUCCACAAUCUACAAGAAAUCGAUUUGAAAGACAACAACUUGAAAACCAUAGAGGAGAUAAUCAGCUUCCAGCAUCUGCAUCGCCUCACUUGUCUCAAGCUGUGGUACAAUCACAUUGCCUAUAUCCCCAUCCAAAUUGGCAAUUUGGCCAGUCUUGAGCGACUCUAUCUAAACCGUAAUAAGAUAGAUAAGAUUCCAACACAGCUCUGCUUCUGCCGCAAGCUCCGGUACCUAGAUCUGAGCCACAAUUCACUAAGCAGCAUCCCUUCUGAGAUAGGGCAACUACAGAACUUGCAGUACUUUGCUGUAACUGCCAACCAUAUUGAAAACUUGCCUCCUGAACUCUUCCAGUGCAAGAAGCUUCGGACCCUCAACCUUGGUAACAAUGCCCUACAAUCCCUACCUUCCAGAGUUGGUGAGCUUACCAACCUGACCCAAAUGGAACUGCGGGGAAACCGCCUGGAGUGCCUUCCUGUGGAGCUGGGGGAAUGUCAUCUGUUAAAGCGCAGUGGGCUGGUGGUGGAAGAGGACUUGUUCAGCACGCUGCCUCUAGAAGUGAAGGAAAAGCUGACGCGAGCAGACAAAGAGCAGAUGUGAGACAACGUGGGGUAGAGGCAAUGUGAGCCAUCUGAACAGAAGGGAGCUACCUUGUCUAGAUGGGAGCUGCAGCUUAGCAGCUCACCUUAGCAAAGUAGACGCGACCUUGGGAUAUGACUCAAGGCAAAGACUGGAGAUCCAUAACAUUGAAAAGUUUUUGGACUUAAGUGGACAAUAUCACUAAAAAUGAAACUCUGUGGAUUUGCACUGCAAUUCGAGGAAAAAAAACUUGUAACAUUCUUUGUCUGCUUCUGUGGAGCCCAGAACAAACUAUCGUAAACCAGUAAUGAGUUGUCCUCGGCCCUAUUUUACCCAUCUUAUAUGGGCGGUAGAAAUAGGUAAUCCCUACAGGAAAUGAAGGGCUGUUGCUCUUGCUGUCUGUACACAAGAGGACGCUGGUUUAUUUAAAGGCCAUAAAAAUACCCCUCCCCACCCGCUUCCAUCUGCACUACUAAUUUUAGACAGAACUUGGUGCUUUUAAACAUCAGUGUGCAUGUAUCAAGGGCUGAGAAGUGAAUCUCUCAAUGCCUUAUCAGAUUCCUUAUAAAAUACUCACUGCUGCUCUACCAAGAGAUGGAAAAUGCCAAAUUAAAGUUCGGUAUAAUCUUCUCCCCUCCUCCUUACUCUGGGGUCUACAGGGCUGAAUGAAAUACUGAAAAGUCAAAUACACUAUUUGGAACAAAAUAUAAGUUUGAUUGCGUUAGUAGUUGGAUUAUAAAAUCCAGAGGUCAAGACUUGUAGAUUUGAUAGACUUCAAAAGGUCAUAACUGAUGCCAAAAUUCUAUGCACUCUAAAUGUUUACUGAAACACUCCUUUAAACCAAGCAGGACCUCUCCCUAUGGAACUGUGUUGUGCUGACCAGUAUGAUAAUAGGACAAGUUGAUAAAAAAAAAGAGCGACACAUUCCUUGCUAUGUCAGCGCUAGGUUAGCAGCUGGUGUGUGUCUGAUAAGUCAUGAGAGAGGUCUUGCUACGUUAUCCUGAAACCAGAAGCAUUAGAGGAUAAAUGCUGGUGUUUGAACGCAGGAAGCUACGUCCUGCUGUCACGCACAUGGCCAGACAUUCCUGUGCUCGCUAAUGACAGCUGCCUUGUUUAUGGACACUACAGAUAUGUCAGUCACCCCUUUGUCUCUGUAAUGCAAUAUCAGUAUGAUCCAUUUUGCUUUUCUGGGGCUGAUCAGAAAUUCUUCUAAAGUAACUUUCCCUCUAAUUUCCCCCUGUAAAGUUACCUUCUCAGUUUACACAUUUCACUUUGAUUUUAAUGUACUUUUAUAUAUGUAGUAUACAUAAAUACACCCACUUUUUUAUUUUUUAUUAAUCCCUUGAGCAAUGUUCCCUCUAAGGCCAGUUUUAUGAGCGGUCCAGCAGUUAAACAGUUAAUAAGGGAAUCCUACCUUGAAGUCUGCAUUGUGUAGUGUUUUCAAAUUGGUCUACUUAACUGUUUCACUGCUGGGCUACUCACAAAACUGGCCUUAGAGGGAACACUGCCCUUGAGGUAAAUCAUCACUUAAGUCUUAUUACCGCCAAUUAUUAUUUAUUUGCGUUGUAUACUGGCUGGUCCUAAAAGAUUGUAUUUAACGGGACAUUGUCAUGUUCCCAAAUGAGGAAAGUUUAUUUUAUAUUUUAGUUUAUAGGCUAUUGUUUUUAUGCAUUUCUUUAACAAUACAUAUGUCACAUUUUAGUUUUUUUUUUUAUUAUUUGUACCCUUUACAGCAAUCCCGCGUUGAUGCCUUAAAAUAUGGCACUGGUCUAGCGUUAAAAUGGGACCCAAUAAUAAUGAACGUGUCUGUCUGAAAAUAACCUUGUAACAUUAAUUUACACUUUACAAACGCUUUCUGCUUUUAUAGUAUUGGUAAUGUGGGGUCCCAUGAGAGUCCAAAGAGGUGCGAACAAAUGACCCUGUGACCUUGCCAUAUAAAUUUGUCUUCCGCAUUGUACAGCUCACAACACUAAUGCCUGUCUGCUAUCUGGUGCACCGCUCUGUUGUUUUCUGUGUGCGCCUGCAAUAAAGGGGUGAGAUUACAAAUGAUGCAGCUUUAUUUUUUUUGUUUUUUUAAGUAUGUAUUUUAAUGCUUCUUGCUUCAUUUAACAAAUGUAAAUGUUCCUUUUGCUACACUUGAAAAUAUUUACCUGUAACGUUAUACUUACCACUGGCGUGCUGGAGCGCCGCACUAAUCCGACCCUUCUUCUUAGAGCCCCAGGGGCCACACUAAUAAACGUAGUGCUUUUGUUCAGA